AUGGCAUCACUACGGAAGCAUGUAAGUCGACAUGCCCAGCAAAGAUAUAGAUCUUGUGUACGAGAUAUCCAAACAUCCAAGGACUAUCUCGAAUAUGUCCGGAUCAAUGACAAAGAUGUCACCACUACGAUCUUCAGAGGCACACUCUAUGAGCUUUAUGCAAAAGAGUUUCUAGAGAAGAGGCUAAACUGCUAUGAUAUGACGAGAGUGGGAGGAGCAGGGGAUAAUGGUGUGGAUGUUUUCGGCAAGUGGAAUCUUAAUACUUAUUGGAAGGCACUCUCCGAUGUUCAGAAGUUGAAAAAGUAUCCUCGUACAUCCAUUCUAACCGCGUCGAAACAAUAUAACGACGCGAUUGACAGCGAAGCAACACGAAUUAUUGAUCUAGAGAGUCUGAUCCAAGUAUUUGUGCAAUGCAAAAAUUACAAGAAACGUAUACAACCUGCCACGAUCCGGGAGAUUGCAGGAGUAUAUGACUUUCAUGCGAAGACAGCAUUGGACCGCAUGAAGUCCUUCUUCUUUCUACUACUGCCAUUUCCAUUGACAAAGCAAGCACACCGUCAAUUUGAUACAAGUCCCGUACCACUAUUGCAUUUGAAAAUUCCAUCUUCACCAGUGGAAUACGUCGACGAGGACGAUGAAAGUGUGGACAGCUUUGGUGAACCAGCUCCGAUUUACAUUAACCAAAAAGCCCGCAAACUUCUACGAGGCCUUGAGGCCGAAAUCAUCAAAUUUUAG